AUGACAAAGAGAGAGAUUCAAUAUUACUUCAACGUGGACGACCAUAACAAAGUUCCUGAAUAUGAAGUCUCAAAUCCGUACCAAUCCAACGAUGAAGGAGAGUUUGUGUCAUAUUCCCUGCAUCCCGCCAGAGCAAAACGUAGCCUUGGAUUGGAUGAUUUUUCAUCUUUUAAACUGAAUGCAUUCGGAUCAAACCUUCAUUUAAAACUGAAGAGGAAUGAACACUUAAUAUCUCCGGGUCUCAAGGUUCUCCGUGAGAACAGCGACGGUUCCAUGACGUCAUAUCCAGUACCAGAAAACACAUACUAUCUCGGACAUGUCGCCUCCGAUCCAAGCUCCACGGUCGCCGUCAGCAACUAUGGUGGACUGGUGAGGUUCUCGUUUUACUUUGCUAUCUCUGGCUUUGAUUGA